CAAAUUUGGAAUCAUGUUCUUAAAUGGGGACUCGAUCAAAAUCCAGGACUUCCUUCUGAUCCUGAAAGCUUUUCUGAGGAUGAUUUUAAUACAUUAAAAAAUACUUUACAACAAUGUAUUCCUUUAAUUAAGUUCGAUAAUUUUAGUUCAAAAGAAUUUUUAGAUAAUGUAUUUCCUUAUAGAGAAAUUCUACCCGAGGCAUUAUUUAUUGAUUUAAUAAAACUUUUUUUGGAUCACGAUCAUAAACCAACUGAUCAACCAGAACCGGAGGAGACUAAAGAGAUUGAACCCGAAGUUCAGACAUUUGAAAAGAUUGAAACUCAGUCGACAAGUACAAGUAAUAUUCCGAAUAUUAAACCACGGAUAUUUGGGUCAGCCAAUAUUACAAAUAUUGUUUCAAACAUUAUUACAUUAGAACAUGCUAGAUUAAUCUUGAGAUGGAUUAAUGGAUUAGAUCUUAAUGCUUCAUAUGAAUUUAAAUUAAUUUUUCAUGGAUCUCAUAACGCAUACAAUAGCAAUAAAUUUCGUAAAGCCUGCGAAAAUCAAGCUCGCACUGUAACUAUUAUUAAAGUGAGGGGCAGUAACGAAAUUCUUGGAGGAUAUAAUCCAAUUGAAUGGAAAACUGGUGGUAAAUAUACAGCUGCUUACGAUAGUUUUAUAUUCUCUUUUGAUAAAAAUAAAAGUGUCGAGAAUCAUAAUGUUUUGAGUCGU